AUGCGUAAUCCAACCACCAGCGCACUCACCAUUUCAGUGGCUGAUCACUUAUCACCAUCACCACCGCCACCGCUGCCACCUCCUCCACCGUCAACCAAUCUCAAUCUUGAUCUAUCAUCGCUCCCCAUCGGUGUUAAACACAAAGAACAACUUACCCAAAUUAUUAUACCAACUCUAUCUGAGAUUAUAAGUGAAACCAAAGCAUUACUUAACCUUGCUUUUCCUAUAGCACUAACAGCCUUAAUCCUAUACUCUCGCUCCAUGAUUUCCAUGCUUUUUUUAGGUCAUUUUGGUGAUACUGAACUUGCUGCAGGAUCUUUAGCCAUAGCAUUUGCCAACAUAACUGCCUAUUCUGUGCUGUCAGGUUUAGCAUUAGGAAUGGAACCCCUUUGUUCGCAGGCUUUUGGUGCUCAAAACCCAAAGCAUCUUUCUUUGACUUUGCACAGAGCCAUCGUGUUUCUUCUUGUUUGUUCUGUACCAAUUACGUUUCUUUGGCUUAAUGUUGCAAAUAUUCUUCGUUUUUUACUUCAAGAUCCAAAAAUUACCUUAAUGGCCCAAACUUAUCUAGUUUUUUCACUUCCUGAUCUUGCUACAAAUUCUUUUAUUCAUCCCAUACGUGUUUAUCUUCGGGCUCAAGGUAUUACAGAGCCGCUGACAUGGGCUUCACUGGCUGGAACAGCUUUACAUUUACUCUUUAACUACUUUUUGGCUUUGCAGCUCAAGCUCGGCAUAGCUGGAGUUGCGGCUGCCUCGGCUUUGUCAAACUUGGUAGUGCUGGUGGUGCUUGUUCUGUACGUUUGGGCCCGUGGGUUGCACUUGCCGACGUGGACCAAGCCGAGCUGGAAGUGUUUGACUGGUUGGACACCGCUUAUUCAGCUAGCCAUGCCAAGCUGUGUCUCAGUGUGCCUCGAAUGGUGGUGGUACGAAAUUAUGAUACUUUUGUGUGGACUUUUGGUGGAUCCCGACUCCACUGUGGCAUCCAUGGGUGUUUUGAUUCAAACGACAUCCUUUCUUUACGUAUUUCCAUCUUCAUUAGGGUUUGCGGUGUCAACUCGGGUCGGGAACGAACUCGGAGCGAACCAACCCAACAACGCUCGAGUCUCGGCCAUGGUGUCAAUUUUCUUAUCGGGAUUAAUGGGUUUGUCAGCUAUGACAUUUGCCAUAUCAAUGAGAAAUUUGUGGGCUCAAAUGUUCACAAAUGAUUUGAACAUAGUACGGUUGACAUCAAUUGCUCUCCCAAUCUUAGGGUUGUGCGAACUAGGAAAUUGUCCGCAAACAGUUGGAUGUGGAGUCGUACGUGGGACCGCUCGUCCGUCCAUGGCAGCUAGCGUGAACCUCGGUGCGUUCUAUCUAGUGGGCAUGCCAAUAGCAAUUGGGCUUGGGUUCUUGGUUGGGCUUGGGUUUUUUGGACUAUGGAUUGGGCUGCUGUCGGCCCAAGUUUGUUGUGCUGUGCUGAUGAUGUAUAUGGUUGGGACCACAGAUUGGAAGUACCAAGCCCUGAGGGCACAGUCACUAACAUGCAUCGAAUGUGGCGAAACACCACUUCCGUGA